UCCCUGACUAAUCUUGAAUAGUGUAUUUUUUAUCUUCUUAUCGUCCAGUGUUUAUCCUGGACGUUGAUGCGAGUUUGCCUCACUGCAGACGACACGAGCAUAAUUGAGAACAUCCGAGCGAGCGCCACCUCCCUCACACCCGGCAGCAGUUUGUCUGGGGACAGACCGAACAUUACCGGGAACUGUCGAAACGGGAAACGAAACUCCCGUUUAUUGUGUUGUACUUCCUGCUCCAAUAAUAAUCCAGUCUAUCUGCCUCCAUGAGACACACCGCUCUGCCGCCUCUUCACUCGCGUCCGACCGACGGAUGGGAGCGCAGAAAGCAGCGGAUGUCGCCCCUCGAGCACAUUAUUGAUGUUUCCAGACAUCCGCAGCAGCCUCUGUAGUCUGAUCGUGGCCGAUUUCGGACGUGCGAGCGACGCAACUCAUGCUUGGAAUUACAUUUUUUCCUUUUGUCUGCGCAACUGGCAGCAACAUCUCUCUCCCUCUCCCCCCCCCUCUCUGGAUGUGUGAUCGGGGAUCGGGAAGUAAACACGCCGGCCUGCGCUCAUGAUCAGAGGCGAGGUGAUAUUGAUACCUCAGACUCAGAUUGUCCUUGAUCGCAAGUUGAUUUCACUUCGGAGCGGAGGGACCGCGGGGCUCCAAUGGCGUCAGCUCCGAAGGUGUCUAUUUUGGAUUACUUUAAUAUUGUGUUCGAAGGUGAAAAUGGCAAAAUCGAGUCCAACUGCAAGGCUUGUGGCACCAGGAUCCAAGCGAAGAGGAGCGUCACGUCCAACUUCGUAACGCAUCUCAAGCGGAAGCACCAGGCCAUGUAUGAUGACUUUGUGAAAAGGAAGGACAUGAAGAGAGAGGGUUACUCCUCUGGUUCCCUGCAUAGUUUCACCACCAAUGGAGGGAGCACCCGCUACACUCUCCCCAUCAGCACUGGAGUGGGAGGCGGAGGAGGAGGAGUGGGAGGAGGAGGUGUUGGAGGGAUGGGGACUCUCGAUGGAGGAGCAGGAGGAGGCUCUGGAGGAGGGGUGACCAAGUUUGACAGACACGACCCACGUCAGGUCUUGAUCUCUGAGGCUAUAGCUAAGAUGAUUGUGCGUGACCUGCAGCCAGUGUCCAUAGUGGAAAAUCAUGGCUUCAGAGAGCUGCUUCAGCUCCUGGAGCCACGCUACACUCCUGAGCGCCAGCACUACAUCCAGAGCCAGCUCCUGCCAGCCUACGCCUAUCAGGCCCAGCUAGCGACCCGUCAGGCUCUGGCCUCAGCACAUGCCCUCAGUCUCAGCCUGGAUCUCUGGAGGGGCUUCACUGGAGCCACUUCAGGGUACCUCGGUGUCACCUGCCAUUUUCUUACAUCUGACUGGCAGAUGCGUUCAGCUCUCCUGGCCUGUCUUCCCCUGACAGGGGGCAUCUCUGGGACUCGCGUGCUUUCAGAUUUUGAUGAAGUAUGUCACUCUCACGGCGUGUCAGGGAAAGCGUUUCGUGUUGUUGCGGACCCCCUCCUGGCAACGACGACAGUAAAGCCAUGUUGUCUCCCUGGUUUCCUGAAGGAGGAUGAAGAAGACGGGGCGGAGGAUGGUAUCAGCGCGAAGGAAGGGAUCAGGAAUGGCCACGGAGACGUCGGAGAUGAGGGAGAGUGGCAGGACUCGUGGGAGCACAGCCUGGGUGUCUGCCGGGUGGACUGUUUCUCUCGCUCUCUUGAACAGUGUGUCAGUGAGGGGAUUCGCUCCUGUCCACAGCUCUCGUCCACACUGGCCAAGGCUGCCUGUUUCUACAACUACAUUACCUCUGCUGUUCCACCUGAGAAGCUCACUCAGGUGUUCGAUGGUCCGGGGCUGAUCAUGGGCGGACCAGGAAAUACCCCCUUUGCAGCAAGAGACUGGGCUGCUCAGCUCAAGGUGCUUCGGCGGCUGCUGGACUCAGUGGAGUUCCUGGAGGAAAUGAGUGGUCCGGGGGAGCUGGCGCUGGGUGGAUCAGAAAGAGCCGUGCUGAAGGAGGUCACUGACAUUUUGGAGCCUUUCACUGAGGCCUGGGACAUGGUGCACGGGGACAGACAGGCAGACAUGCAGACAGACAGACACGUGUCCAUCAGCCUGGCUCUACCGUGUGUUCUGGGCCUCCGUAAGCAUCUCUCUGAGACAUCAACCCCCCGCUGCCCUUCUCUCCUGUCGGGACUCAGCCAGGCUUUAGAGAGUCGGCUGGCCCCGAUCCUGGACGACCCCCUCUACAUCACCGCCACCACCCUGGACCCCCAGUUCAAGCUCACAUGGAGCAGCAACCCUGACUGGCACAGACAAGUUCUCAUAGAGGAGCUGUCCAAACAUUCUUCAGGCUCCAGCCCCGUUGACCCGGACACAGAUCUGCACCCUCAAUCCCAGACACCUCCUGCCCCGGCUCCAUCGCCGGUCUCCUCGCUCUCCCGACCCUGUAAGCUGUUCUCGUUCAUCAAGCAGAGACCCACAACACAGGCCAAGAGCCUCGAGCAGGAGUUGACCGUCUACCUACGCGAGGAGCCCACGGACGAGGAGGCUUUGCAUUACUGGCGGCGUAAAGCAAUCGACUUCCCUCUGCUCGCCCAGGUAGCCAAGAGGGCGUUUACCGUCCCCUCCUGUGGCACCGUGGUGGAGAGCAUUUUCACCACUGCUGGGCGGUGUCUGCGGCCAGAGAGAGGCCGUGUCCUACCAAAGAACCUGGAGACGCUCAUCUACCUCAAAGCCAACUACAGAUUAUUAUGGACUUAAAGCUAGGAAUCAAGCUUUUCGUUUACAUAAAUAGCAACUGAAGACUUUAUACAAACCUGCAGUGGACUUAUCGGAUAGUAACCUCUGUUCCUCGGACUGAGCUACGAACAAAACAUUGUCGUCGUGCUGCACAUCACUUGACAUGAGAUGGAGCGAGUUGCUCAGAAUUUCAUCCUUCUCUAGACUGCAGUGGGUGUGGAUUACUGCCUGUUUACCAUGUAGCCUGCAUACAGACUGGUGCAUCAUACCCCAUGCUGUGGACCGAGGGGACUUGAAGCAGAUACAAUACUUGAGCGUUUACUUUGACAUUAUUUUGCCCGAGCAGGGUCUCCUGACAACUACAAGAUCACAAGACCUCCGCAUUCUCUGCUCGCUGCUCGCGUCUGUGACAGCCGACACUGACGCAACAACAAUAACCAGACGGUCAAUUACUGCGUACUGUAGCAAAUGAUUUAUUUUCACUUAGAGGAUGUGACUAACUAAUUUGUUGUUGUUUUCUGAAGGAAGGCGUCAGCUGCUAAACAAUAUAUCACUGCAUCAGCCACUUAUUCCUUUUCUCUGUGUAUGUAUGCCUCAUCACCGGGACGUCAGAAUAAAUGAGUUUCACUUCCGAACGCAGAGGUGUGUGCAGUUUGCAGAUGUGAGCGCACUCAUGCAUGUGUGCACAUCUGCGCCAUUAUUUAUUUUUUUGCCAAUGGAGAAACAUUAAAACCUCCUUCAUAUAUCUCAUUUUUUGACCUUAAUUCAACUGCAUUUUCCUCCACCGGUCCUUUAUAACUCCACGCGUGCUCUUUCAGAGUUGAGGUCAAAUUCAUUUCAUUUUCUUUAUCGGCGCUUUUUGCCUUUUUCAAUUUCAUGUCCCAUUCUGCUUCUGAACUUUUUAGGAAUUGAAAUGGGUUUGACCCCUGCUUCUGCCCCGGAAUACCAGCAGAGGAUGUGUGUGCAUGUGGGCACAACAGAGGCUUUUGCUUUCUCUGACCUUGCUGAAGUGAUUUGAAAGCCCUUUGAAGGAGAAACUGCAAAUGUUGCAGUGUUUGUCUUUAUUCCGGGAGUCUGUUACUCCGUGGCUGAGCCGGCGGGGAGGCUGGGUAAUUGCAUG